AUGCUAUUGUUGGCUCUCUUGGCCAUUACAACUACUGCCAUAAGCAUACCAUAUCCACGUGAUCCAAAAAUCAAAGAUAUCAUUGCAACAUUAGAAAACGAUUCUGUCUUCUGUUCGUUUCUUCCACCCAAUUAUGGUGGUGACAUUAGCGACAGCGAAGGUGAUGCUGUCGCGUUUUGCAAUAAACAUAGCUCAAAUGCGCCCAAUGCCAAAAUCUUUCCUGAUGGAUUCAUCAAGUCAUACCAUUUCGCUACCGGAGAUGGUUACAUCCAGGUCACCGGCACUAUUCACAGAGAAGCAUACGGUCUAAAGAAAAGUGACGAGGGUGGUCAGUACGAUAGUGUAGGUUCUCCUCCUGGUGCAACUUGUGCCAAUUAUAAAAAAUUUGUGAACUUGGUCGAGCCUGAUGUUGGAUUAUUUUGCAUUCGCUGUUGUAAUGACACUUCUAAGUGCGAUACCGGCCGUAGCGAAGACGGAUGCGAAUCUAUUAUUCAUGGAGACUAUAGUUAA